AUGGAAGGAGGGUCAAGUCACAAUUUCGUUCCUCCUUCAGCUGGUUUUGAUAAGUCAAGGGUUUUGGAUGUUAAACCUCUGCGUAGUUUGAUGCCUGUCUUUCCAGCUGCGUCUCAAGCCCCUCCCUUUCCAUGCAUGCCUCCCUUCGGCCAAACCCCUAAUGGAUAUUCUCCAUUUUACCCAUUUCAACCACAAGGGUCUCAAACCUCGCCUAAUCUCAAUAGUCCUUCCCCAAUGAGGACACCAACGGGUCCCAUGCCUGCUCCAAUUCGGUCAUAUAGAGCCCCCGCGCCAUCUGGGGCACUGCCCCAUGACUUUCCGGAGGAGUCUAAUGGAGAAAGAGGGUCAUCAAUGGGUGGGGCAGAAGAUGACGAUGGGUAUUUUGAUGCUCAUCUAGGUUCUAGUUCAUCAAGAAAGAAGAGCACGAAGGCUAGUUCAUCUCGAAAGAAGAAAAAGAAAAGUGGAGAUGGCGAUUCAUUAACAAACAAUGGGUCGGGAGUGAACUUUGUUUCGGUUAUGAGUCCGUUUCAAGUUGAAGAUGGUAAUAGGGAGUUGGUUAACUAUGUACUUAUGAAUUUUGAUUCACUGCGGAGAAGGAUCUGCCAAAUUGAAGAUGCCAAGGAAUCUAAAAAUGGGAUUAUUAAGCGUGCAGAUUUGAAAGCUGGUAACAUUUUGAUGACCAAAAAGGUUCGAACGAACAUGAGAAGGAGAAUUGGGGUUGUGCCUGGAGUUGAGAUUGGCGACGUUUUCUAUUUCCGAAUGGAAAUGUGUGCAGUGGGAUUGCAUGCUCCGUCAAUGGCUGGAAUUGACUACAUGACUGGGAAGGGUGAUGCUGAAAAAGAUCCAGUGGCCUUAAGCAUUGUCUCUUCAGGAGGGUAUGAUGAUGACACAGAGGACAGCGAUGUCUUGAUAUAUAGUGGCCAGGGUGGGAAUAAUAACAACAAAGACAAGCAGGUGGCUGAUCAGAAGCUUGAAAGGGGUAAUCUUGCUCUUGAGAGAAGCUUGAAUCAUGGCAAUGAAGUACGAGUUAUUCGGGGUGUGAGAGAUGAGGUUAAUUCAACAACAAAGGUCUAUGUCUAUGAUGGCCUAUAUAAAGUCCAUGAGUCAUGGACAGAGAGGGGGAAAUCUGGUUGCAAUAUAUUCAAGUACAAGUUAGCGAGGGUGCCUGGGCAGCCUGGUGCUUUUGCAGUUUGGCAAACUAUUCGUAAGUGGAAGGAUGGUUUUUCGUCAAGGGCUGGACUUGUUCUUCAAGAUCUCACUUCAGGGACUGAAUCUAUACCUGUUUCCCUUGUAAAUGAGGUUGAUAACGAGAAGGCGCUGGCUUCUUUCACUUAUUUUCCUAAACUCAAAUAUUCUAAAUCUUUCACUUUAAUGCCGCCUUCUUUUGGCUGCAAUUGCCAUAAUGCAUGCCUCCCAGGUGAUAUGAAUUGCUCUUGCAUUCAGAAAAAUGGAGGUUCUUUUCCUUAUACUGGCAAUGGGAUCCUAGUCAGCCGAAAGCAAUUGUUACAUGAAUGUGGUCCUACAUGUCCUUGCUCUCCCAACUGCAAAAACCGAGUAUCCCAAACUGGUGUAAAAUUGCGCUUGGAAGUGUUUAAGACAAAGGAUAGGGGCUGGGGCCUCCGGUCGUGGGAUUCUAUUCGGGCUGGUUCUUUUAUUUGUGAGUAUGCUGGUGAAGUUAUUGAUGAAGUGAAGUUAAAGCAGAAAGGGCAUGCAGGUGAAGACGAUGAAUAUAUUUUUGAUACAGGCCGUAAUUAUGACUCAUUUAAGUGGAAUUAUGAACCAGGACUACUAGAAGAGGAGACUUCUAAUGACAUAAAUGAGGAUUACAACAUCCCAUAUCGCCUAAUCAUAAGUGCCAAGAAUGUUGGAAAUGUAUCACGGUUCAUUAAUCACAGUUGCUCACCAAAUGUUUUUUGGCAACCGGUUCUAUAUGAACACAACAAUCAGUCCUCUCUUCAUAUUGCUUUUUUUGCCAUCAGACACAUUCCACCUAUGACAGAGUUGACAUAUGAUUAUGGCAAUUCAAGCUCUAGUGAAGCCGACAAUGACAAUGGACCCCAUCGGAAAAAUAAAUGCUUAUGUGGAUCAUCAAAAUGCCGGGGUUACUUUGGUUGA